AUGAUUCAACUUUUAAUUAUUUUAUUUGUGGUAGCGUUGUAUUUCUAUGGCACAAGAAACUUUGAUUACUUCAGCAAGAGAGGUAUCCAAUUUGAGAAACCGAUAUUCUUUUUUGGAGGAUAUCUGAAACAGCAUAUUGAUAAAGUCAGUCUUUCUGAACGUUUCGCUAUUCUCCAUCGAGCAUUUCCGGAUGAGAAGUUCGUUGGAUUCUUUGAGGGCAACACUCCAGCUAUUCUCGUGAGCGACAUCGAGAUAAUAAAGCAUGUACUACUCACAGACUUUCGUGAUAUACAUCACAGAGGAAUCAUUCCCCGUUCGGAAUUCACGGAACCUUUAAUGAGAAAUUUGUUUACCGUAGAUGGUGAUGUAUGGAAAUUGAUGAGGCAGAAACUGACGCCGGCAUUUUCGAGUGCAAAACUAAAAGCCAUGUUUCCACUUAUUGUUGAAAUGACUGAAAAAUUGUCGAAACUGGCUGACGAAGCCUCAGCAAAAGAGGAAGCUGACGUUCGCGAGCUAAUGGCUAGGUACACGACAGAUUUCAUUGGGGCUUGUGGCUUUGGCAUCGACUCUAACUCUUUGAGCGAAGAAAAUUCAGAUUUCCGGAAACUUGGCAAACGUAUAUUCAAUUUAACGAUACGGGAUUUAUUUUUUAAUGUUAUGAAAAGAGUUUUCCCUACAGUCUUUAAACAUGCCCGAUAUUUCCCGCCUGAGGUCGAGAAUAAAACAAUGUCAAUAGUCAGACAGAUCAUGGCUGAGAGAAAUUACCAACCUUCAGGGAGAAAUGACUUUAUGGACAUGCUUUUGGAAAUCAGGCAGAAAGGUAAAAUUGUUGGGGAAUCGAUUGAACAGCGGAAUCACGACGGUUCUCCAGCAAUUGUUGCACUCGAUCUCGAUGAUGAAUUGCUAGCGGCACAAAUUUUUGUUUUUUUCGCUGCCGGUUUUGAAACCUCUUCAGCGGCCAGCAGUUACUUUCUUCAUAUGCUAGCGUAUCAUCCUGAGGUUCAGAAGCGGUGUCAGAGGGAAGUCGAUGAAGUUCUGGCAAAGCAUGAUGGCAAACUUUGCUUUGACGCCGUCAGGGAGAUGAAAUACUUGGAAAUGGCUUUCAGAGAGAGCUUACGUUGCCUUCCUUCCCCCGGGUUCCUUAUUAGAAGAACCACAUCUAAUUAUACGAUACCCGGUUCGCAAGUUACAUUAGAUGAAGGUACAGUUAUUGUAAUAUCCACGGAAGCCCUCAGCAGCAGCGAUAGAUACUUUGAUGAUCCCGAAGAAUUUCGACCAGAGAGAUUCCAUCCCGAUAACAUUGGAAACAUAAAGAAAUGUACUUUUAUGCCAUUUGGGGACGGGCCGAGGUCAUGUAUAGGCGAGCGCUUAGGCAUGAUGCAGUCAAUGGCGGGAGCGGCUACUAUUUUGAGCAGAUUCACAGUGGCGCCAUCACGUAGUUCCGUUCGGAAACCACGGGUCGAUCCCAAGUCCAUCCUCGUCCAGAACAUAAUCGGGGGAUUGCCUCUGGCGCUAAAGCGAAGAAAUAAUAAAGCUGAAUCACUAUAG